AUGUUCUUCCAGUCCCACCGCCUGCUGCUUCGCACAGCCCCCGAUCUCUCCUCCAUGGCGAACCCCUCCGACUCCUCCUUGACGUCCGGUCUUUACGACGCCAUGAACAACCACACUUCGCACCCUGACUUCGGCCACCUCGUCCUGCUGGUCUUCGAGGCGGUCCUGGAGGUCGUCUGCGUCAGCUUGCCCGGCUACAUUGUCGCUCGCCAGGGCAUGUUCGACGCCAAUGCCCAAAAGUUCCUCGCCAAUCUCAACGUCCAGCUCUUUACCCCGUGUCUGAUCUUCACCAAGCUCGCCUCGCAGCUUACCGCCGACAAACUCGUCGACCUUGCCAUCAUUCCCGCCAUCUUCGUGGUUCAAACUCUCGUGUCAUGGCUUUCUGCCAUCAUCGUUUCGCGCCUGUUUGGCUUCAAGAAACAAAGGCCAAGGAACUUCAUCACCGCCAUGGCUGUCUUCGGCAACUCCAACUCGCUACCAAUCUCUCUCGUUCUUUCGCUUUCCAAGACCAUCUCAGGCCUCCACUGGCGGGAGGUUCCCGGCGACAAUGACGAAGAAGUCGGGGCGCGUGGUAUCUUGUACCUGCUGAUCUUCCAGCAGCUCGGACAGCUUGUUCGCUGGAGCUGGGGUUAUCAGGUCCUCCUCAAGCCCGCCAGCGAAUACCCCGAUGAGGAUGCGGGAAGGAAUGCAGCGCUGGAGCAGGGCGACUUGGACGACGCCAGCUCGAUUGAGCGCCGCAACCUCCUUGACGGCGUGGAGGAUGACAAUGAUGGCGAACUUCGUUCUGCAAGUCCCGUACCUGAGUCUUCCUUCGCCUCAGGUGCCAUUACACCUGUUAACGAUAACCAGCGCACCAGCGCCGAUGUCUCUCGCGCAUCGUCCACGUCAAACUUGACAAAGAGAUACGCAAGAGACGAGACCAAUGGCAAGGCCAUGGCCACGCCCACGAACGGCAACGUUGUCAGUUCCGGCCCGGGCAACCUGGCCGGCCAUGGUUCCGAAAGCGAAGAUGCGACUGAGCCCGAGCAAGAGAUCCCGGAGGGCGUCAAGGGUUGGCCGACGCGCUCGAAGAGGUGGAUGAAGCAGAAUCUGAGCUCCACGGGCAAGUGCAUGCGCACUUCAUCUUGCAAGGCUUUCCGGGCUCUUCCGCAGCCGAUUCAGACGGCACUCUCCAAGACGGGCUCCGGUGCGCGGAGGUUCAUGGACGGCGUCUGGGACUUCAUGAACCCGCCGCUCUGGGCCAUGCUGGUGGCGCUAAUUGUCGCUUCGGUCCCUUCGCUCCAACACCUCUUCUUCGACCAGGGCACAUUUGUGAACAACUCGGUCACUCGGGCGGUGAAGCAGUCGGGUGGAGUUGCGGUUCCGCUCAUUCUCGUGGUGCUUGGGGCCAACCUUGCGCGCAACACUCUGCCGGAGGCGGAUGCUCGGGAUCUCGAGGACGCCAAGGAUGAGAAGAAGCUGCUCUAUGCCUCGCUCAUCAGCCGCAUGCUUCUGCCGACCAUCAUCAUGGCGCCGUUUCUGGCGCUGCUUGCGCGGUACGCUCCGGUCAGCAUCAUCGGCGAUCCCAUCUUCAUGAUUGUCUGCUUCUUGCUCAGCGGAGCACCCAGCGCGCUGCAGUUGGCUCAGAUCUGUCAGCUCAACAACGUUUACAUGGGGUCGAUGAGCAAGCUCCUGUUCCAGAGCUACGUGGUUUGGAUUCUUCCGUCUACGCUCGUGCUCGUCAUGCUCGCGCUCGAGACGGUUGAGUGGUCGACUGGGGCAUAA